AAAAAAAAAACAAGCCGUUCAGUUUGCAAAAAGCUGGACUCUCUCUCUCUUAAAAAGCUUUGUCGGGAUGGGCGACUCCAGCCAAAAGUCCAAAGAAAGCCGUGUGCCCUGAAAUUGGAAUCGCUGAAUUCAAGAGAAAUAAACCACGUCAUGAACUCAAACCAAACGUUGCAAUGAAGUCUUGAGCUAUGGAAGCCUGAAUGAAUGGCUGGUUUUGUUUUGUUGUUUUUUUAAAUUGGCCAUUUUCAUGUCCAUUCCAUAAAUUGCGUUGCCUGCGUCUGUGCGGAUGAGCGGCCUUUGCAAAUCCACUUGAUGGUGAAAGCGUCUUGCGCUUUUGACCGCGAGCAAAUAGUCAGCCCUGAAAUGGCCGACUGCGGGCAAAUCACGUGGCCGCCGCCGUACUCCGGAGCUCGAGAAGCGUCCGACGCGGCCCUCUCCAAUGCUUCGUCUCUGCGGCUGAAGGAAAAGGCCGAAAGCCUGUCUUUCGGGCUGCUGCGCGGCGGCCCCGAGCCGGUGACUUUUGUGGCCCUUUGACGGCGGCCCUCGAAGACGCCGGGAAUUGACCUCUGAAGCCGACUCGCCCGGAGGUCCGCGGAGGAAGAAGAGCGCGGCCGGGCGGGCGGGCGGCGUACCUGACGCUAAGCCUCUUAAUGCCGCUAAGUCUGCGGCGCCAUAAUCCCGCCGCUGCCGCAGGAGAAGCCGCCGUUGGCUCGCCGUUUUUCCCGCGAGCGUCAUGGACGAGCUCCUGCUGGCCGGAGGCGGCGAGGAGGACGCCGGCUCGGAACGUUGCUUCUCCGCGGCCGCAGACGGAGGGCCGGCGCGGCGCCUCAAGCGGCUCCUGCGCGCCGCCGGCAGCCGCGACGCCUGGCUGGCGCUGCGCGACUUUGCCAAGAGGAACGGCCUCCUCACCUUGUCCGUGGCGGCCGUGCUGAGCGGCUGCACGCUGGGCUUCCUGCUGAGGGGCGCGCAGCUCUCCCCGCAGGCCAAGCUCUACUUCUCCUUCCCCGGCGAACUGCUCAUGAGGAUGCUGAAGAUGCUCAUCCUGCCGCUCAUCACCUCCAGCCUGAUGUCGGGCCUGUCGUCGAUGGAGUCUCGCGCGUGCUGCCGCAUGGGUGUGCUGACGGUGACGUACUACCUGUGGACCACCUUCAUAGCGGUGGUGGUGGGCAUCGUGCUGGUGGUCAUCAUCAAGCCGGGCGCCGGCACCGACAUGGAGAGCCACCGGCUGGGGGGUGGGCCCGUCAUGACCUCGGCCGACGCCCUCCUCGACCUCAUCAGGAACAUGGUGCCCUCCAAUCUGAUCGAGGCCACCUUCCAGCAGUACAAGACGGACCUGCUGCCCAUCCUGAAGGUGCCCGUUCGGACGGCGACGCCCAACUUUGUGUACGUGCUGCCCGGCGACGCCGAGGGCAAAGGUCGGACGGUUGUGCUGGAGCUGACGCCGCCGCCCGAGGUGACGUACAAGACCAGCCCGGGGAGCAGCCAGCAGAUGAACGUGCUGGGCAUCGUCAUCUUCUCGGCCACCAUGGGACUGUUGCUGGGCCGGAUGGGCGAGCGCGGCGCGCCCUUGGUCAACGUGUGUCAGUGCAUCAACGAGUGCGUCAUGAAGAUCAUCAACGCCGCCGUGUGGUACUUCCCGUUCGGGAUCGUCUUCCUGGUGGCCGGCAAGAUCCUGGACAUGCAGGACCCGAGCACUCUGGGCCGCAAGCUGGGCUGGUACGGCGUCACCGUGCUGGCCGGCCUCUCGGUGCACGGCCUGGUGCUGCUGCCGCUCUUCUACUUCCUGCUGACCCGCAAGAACCUCACCUUCAUCCGCGGGCUGCUGCAGGCCUUGGUCAUCGCCCUGGCCACCUCGUCCAGCUCGGCCACGCUGCCCAUCACCAUGAAGUGUCUGCUGGAGAAGUGCCACGUGGAGCGUCAGAUCGCCCGCUUCGUGCUGCCCGUGGGCGCCACCAUCAACAUGGACGGCACGGCGCUCUACGAGGCCGUGGCCGCCAUCUUCAUCGCGCAGGUCAACGACUACGAGCUGGACUUGGGCCAGCUGGUCACCAUCAGCAUCACCGCCACGGCCGCCAGCAUCGGUGCGGCCGGCAUCCCUCAGGCCGGCCUGGUCACCAUGGUGAUCGUGCUCACCUCCGUGGGCCUGCCCGAUGACAUCACGCUCAUCGUGGCCAUCGAUUGGAUCCUGGACCGAUUCCGCACCAUGAUCAAUGUGCUGGGCGACGCCUUGGCGGCGGGCAUCAUCGCGCACCUGUGUCGCAAGGACUUCCCCCUCAGCGGCGAGGGAAAGAGCGUCCCGUCAUACGGCACGCAGGGGCACGCGGACGUGCCCAUGACGCACGUGCACACGCACAAGGACGGCGACGAGAGGCACGCGCACACCGUCUACUACAACAUCUGCCAAGUGUGAGCGCCAAGCAGGCCGGCAGCCGUCACGGCGGCCAUGAGGACGCUCGCCCAAUUUCCCGCGUGACCUCCGGGGGACCCGAGUGGUUCUCAUGCGCUGCCGUAUGAGCGGCAACUUCUUGUUGCAACCGCGUGCCGCACGGACGUGAACGGAAGGUGAAGAUGUCUGGAGUUUCCGGUCGGGCGCCCGUGGUGAGUGGCAACGUAAAAUGGCCGCCGGCGGCGAGUCGGCGCCAUCGUUGGCCUCCUCUGAUGGAGAAACGGCAUUCUGGCACACGUCUCUCCGGCUUCCUUUCAAGCGCGCUUGGCGCUUGACUUCCUCUUUCCUGUUUCACACUCACAACGGCGACAAAGCGGCUCACGCGGCAACGCUCGCUCCGAUCGCGUUUGGAUUCGUCGCGCGCGCCACAAAGUGUGCCUUCCAUGUUGAUGGCUGCCAAGUUUUCGUGAAUGCUGACUUUUUUUUCUACUUUUUUAACCAAAAAAAAUCUCUCCUCAUGGUUCUGAUGAUGAUAUGUGAAGUAAAAAAGAUUUUGGGACACCG